GUGAACAAAGAGAAGACCCUGGAGCGCCCAUCAAACCUGUGGCGUUGACGAAACUCUUGAAGCCAAUAAAAAAUCACAAUUUGGUAACUAAUCCCUACAAUUUUGGUCUGAAGCCACAUUUCACAAACAAGUUGCAAAAGCUUCCUGGAAUUGACAAAGCUCCUGGUGUCCUAUUUCCGAAAGACCGUAACUCCAUGCCGAAUAAUUCCUUAGAGAGCGAAAGUAGGUGUACUGGUCGCGAAAUCCUACAGUUCGAUAAUCGUUGCUUGACAAGGUCGAGCUAGAUAUGACUUAUAUUUUUCCAAAAGCUGCUUUUCUCGAACUAAGAGUACAUAAGAAAUUAAAAAUGUGAUGUUUUGAUGCGGGUAAAGGCAGAAGAUAUUAAUAUAUAUGUAAUACGAUCAUGAGGACGGUCGUCAAUUAUAGCUAGUGAUUGUAGUGACUGAGUUUGAAAUGAAUUUGUGGUUGCAACACGCCUCUGCAGAUUUUUUUUCUUGUUUCAUUUCGAUAGUUUAUGUAAAGUUUAAACUUUUUACCGCGGCUGGAAAGUACAAGAAUCCACUGAAUUUUAAGUUUUGUUGGUAAUAUUGGGCGUCAAUGUUGAAUUCAAACAUUUAUAAUGAAACGACCGAAAAUGUUUCGGAAUUUUUUUUGUCCAACGCACUCCCCGUUGUGUCUUGAGUAAACAUUUGCAUAAAAACCGCGAGCUUCUACCAUUGAAAUAUUGAAGGUCACGUGUCCGUGUAUUUUUGUGACGUCAUACUGUAUUGCAAAGGCUUUUUGUUUGUAAUAAAUUUUACGUUGAUAUGUUUUUAAUACUUACGAUUUAGUCGCUCUACGAAGAUAUGCGUUCGCGAAGACCUUUGAUAAUAGUACACUUGUUUUUAUCAUGAAUUUGAGUCAAUAAUGCAGAAUGAAAAUAACGAAUACAGAAACCACCGAACGAAAAAUUCAAAUCUUAAAUCCAACGAGAAAGAUCUUGCGAAUUCGAAAUGGACUGGCUUGGAGUUUUUCAAUAAUAUCAAAAAUUUAAGCCCGAAACUGUGGAGUUUAAACUUCCUUACCACUCUGAAAUUGAACGAUAUAAACUUGACAAGAGUUCCAGCCGAAAUUGGCAAGCUCACGUCUUUACAGAAACUUGAUUUAUCCUCGAACAAACUACGAAGUUUACCAACUGAAAUCGGGGACCUUAUCAAUCUCAUCGAACUAUACCUAAAUAACAAUAGUUUGCACAGUCUACCGCACGAAUUGGGACGGUUAUUUCAGAUACAAAUUCUUGGAUUGGAUGGUAAUCCAUUGUCACAAGAGGUGCUCUCGUGGAACGCCAAGAAAAAUGGUAGCGCUCAGCUAAUAUCGUGUUUGUUGGACCGUUCGUCCGUUUGUGAAAGACCCGAGGAACGACAUUGGCAGCUAUUGGUCCCUGAUAAAAGACGUACAGCUGAGAAUUCAUUUAUUGUCAUGUGCUAUAAUGUCUUAUGUGACAAGUAUUGCACUAAAUCUGUCUAUGGCUACUGUCCAUCUUGGGCUCUAGAAUGGGAGUACAGGAAAAAGUUGAUAAUGAAUGAAAUUUUGCAACAUCAAGGAGAUAUACUCAGUCUACAGGAAGUGGAGACAGAACAAUUCUACAAUUUCUUCUUACCAGAGCUACAAAAGCAUGGCUACGAGGGUAUCUUUAGUGCUAAAUCAAGAGCAAGGACUAUGAGUGAGGACGAAAGCAAGAAGGUGGAUGGCUGUGCCAUAUUUUUUAAAACUACGAGAUUCACUUUAAAGAAACACGAUAUGAUGGAGUUUAACCAGCUGGCGGCUGCCAACUCCAAAGACGCAUCCGACAUGUUGAACCGGGUGAUGACGAAAGACAAUAUUGGUAUUGUCGCAUUGUUAGAAACCAACGAUGACUUCGGCUUUGGUCAAAAUUCUGAUCGAACGAAGCGUCUGCUUAUGGUCUCAAAUGUUCACAUGGCUUGGGAGCCCGAAUAUUCGGAUGUCAAGUUGAUUCAAACCGUUCUAUUGAUGCAGUUUUUGCAGAAGUUUCGAGAGGAGGUUGACAAUAUCUCUAUAUUGCCAGGUAAGAAUGGCACGCUCGGGAGGUCCAUCCCACUCGUCAUGUGUGGAGAUCUCAAUUCGCUCCCAGACUCCGGACCGGUGGAGUUUCUCGACAAGGGUCGCAUAUCCACAGAUCACGAGGAUUUCCAGUCCCUCGAUUAUGGUGGUUUCCUGUCGCGAUUAAGCAUCACUCGCAAAGGUGAGAUGUGCGCGGAGCUCACGCACGCUUUCCAACUGAAACGAACUUACGAAUCCCUCGAGUACAGUAAUUACACGUUCCACUUUCGCGGUGUCAUCGACUGGGUGUACUACAGCUACAAUGCUCUCAUGCCAAUAGCCGAGCUCGCAUCUGUCGAUCAGGAAUAUCUUAAGCGGAAUAAAUUGAUUGGCUGGCCGCAUCCUCAUUUUCCAUCUGACCAUCAAUCGCUUCUGGUUGAAUUUGAAUUUGUGGACAAAACGAUCAACCAAAAUGGUGACUAUGCCAAUCCUCAGUGGAUGCAACAACGAAGACAGCCGCAACCUUGGAUUAUUAUCAGCUCAAUGUAUCAUGUCGUUGGAAUUUUUCCUUUGCUGCGACAGAAAGUUUUAUCCACUGAUCAAGAGCUAUGUUGAGAAAGAAACUUGAAGGCGCCUUGUGGCGUACUCAUGGGUGUACCUAUGCUUAUGUUUAGUAUGGCAAAUUUUCAAUGACGUAAUUGUUUUCUAUCCGGGAAACUGGAAUUAACGGAAUUGUAGAAGAAAA